UGUGCCCGCGUUCGAAUCAGGCGUUGCUUCCACUUCAAGCAUGAAGGCGUUCCAGACAAUCCUCCUGGGAGCGCUGCUGGCCGCGGCUGCGGCGCUGGACUCGGAGGUGAAGAUCAUGUCCUACGUCAACGACGUCAGGCCCGAUGGCUACGACUUCUCGUACGAGCUGAGCGACGGCACGAUGCGGCAGGAGAAGGGCACCUUGCGCGACGCCGGCACCGAGAACGAGGUGUGGGAGGUGAUCGGCUUCUCGCGCUGGUUCUCGCCCGACGGGCAGGAGCACGUGCAGGAGUACCGCGCCGACAACCGCGGCGGCCUUGGCGGCCCGGCGCUGGGCGUGCGCGCCGCGCUCGCCGGCAAGAAGUAGCCCCCUCAAGCUCCUCCUGCUCCAAUCGGACAGCCCGAGUCUCAUGGGAUCAUCCGAGUUCUCGGAAAUUCCGAGUUCUCAGAAAUUCCGAGUUCUCGUAUAUUCCGAGUUCUCGGAAAUUCCGAAUAAUCGGAAGUAACCGAGUUCUCGAACGUUCCGAUCACUCGGAUUUUCCGAGUUCUCGGAUUUUCCGAGUUCUCGGAAUUUACAAGUUCUCGGACAUUCAGAGUCAUCGGACCGUUUGAACGUCAUCCGAUCAUCCAAGUCUUCGGAACGACUGCUUACCUACUUGGAUCACCGUAGUCGUCGGAACCCUUUGCUGCACAUCGUGCAGUAACUUAACAAAUGAUGAUGCAUGUAUGUAGUGCAUCCCGGCCAAUCUGAACACGAUGGAUCAACUUGCAACGGCCAUUCCUAUCUUCAAGUUUCAUACAAUAACACUUAAAAAUGCUUAGCUUCACCUUGAUUAUUUUUUGCUGAUUCUUGAUUUUUAUGAAGAAAUAUUUCUAAAAUGGGACCGUAGAAAGUAAAUUUGUAUGCAUGUUUUGUGUAGUGCAUGAACGUAAUGCAAUUAGUCUGGUAUAAUUUAUAAUUUUUUGUUCUAAAUGUUGGCCUGACUCGUUUAUAUAAUAAUACAGGCUACAUGACACAACAUUGGCAUGAAAAGGUAAUAUGCAGUGCUUACACAUAAAAAUUCCUUAGGAAUUGCCAUAAAACAUAAAUAAUUACUUGAAAACUCGGUCACCCAACACUGAGGAAUAAGCCCAGCCUUAAUGGUAAUAGUCCAACUUUACUUUUCCAAAUUUAUUUUUGCUGUUGUUUUUAUUUUUGAGUAUGUACUUCUUACAAAUUUUAUCCAUGUAGUUACCAGUUAUCAAGACUAAUCUCACCAACCCACGCACGUUAACUUAAACACAUGCCUAAAAUUAGGCCCUAUACCUUAAUGAUCUGUAAAAAACAUAAAGGAAUAUGUACUGUAAACAGUAACUCAUAUUUAAAAAAAGCUAAUGUAUUGGGGACUUUAACAAUACAUGUCUUACAUACUUGUAGUUCAAAGCAUAUAGGGUCGAGUAAUUUAAUAAUUUAACACCAACUUGAGUGAAAGAAAUCACUUGGCGAGUGUUCAAAAGUGUUCGUAUUGGCUGGAAUGCACUUUAGGUACCGACGGUGAAUCUCUGUAAGUCAAUCGCUGUAUUACAAUUUUCCAGUAGGACUCUACAAAAUUCAUCUCAUGUAAACAACGACUCAACAGAACACAAACUUUUACUAACAUUAAAAAAUGUAAAGUAUUUUGAGGGCUUUUAACAUCUGACUGUAUUAACUAGUCAUAAAAUCUAAAACAAUUGCUGCAUUAAAAUUCUAACGUGUUAAAUGUUUGUACUGAAUCUCAAUAAAAAAGAUCAAUAAAUACCUUGUAACGGUUAUACAAAUUUAAAAUAAAA